CACGUCUACACGCCCUCAAGCUCGCACAUUCCAGACCGUCAUGGCGGACACAGCGCUCACCUCCCUGACUGCAAGCAACCUUUUCGACCUCACUGGCGUUGUAGCUGUUGUCACUGGCGGCGGAAGCGGAAUUGGUUUGAUGAUUGCCAGCACUUUGCUUGCCAACGGUGCUACGGUAUACAUCAUCGGACCCAAGCAGGCGGAUCUCGACAGGGUUGCGAAUGUCUACAACGACGCUGCCGAGAAGGCAAGCAAGCCGGGGAAAAUGUAUGGCAUCGAGGGUGAUAUCCGGCUCAAGUCGGAAGCGCUGCGCCUUGCGGAAGAAGUUGGAAAGCGGGAGAAGCACAUCACCGUGCUCUUCAACAACGCGGGGGUAUUGAGCGGGUCAUUCAAGAAGCCCACGGUAGCAUCGGCGGACGCAUUUCGUACAGCCUACUUCGACGAGGUGCCGGAGAGUUCGUUCGACGACAACUUGAGGACGAACGCUAUCGGCCCGUACUGGCUCACCUUCGCCUUCCUUCCGCUCCUCGAGAAGUGGAAGCAGAAUCCUGAGGGGGCUCGGUUCGCCCCACAAAUCGUCAUGACAUCGAGCAUGAAUGGGUGGACGAAGGAUCCUGCCACCGCAGGCUCUUCGUUCCCAUACAUGUACUCCAAGUCUGCAAUCGGACACGCCACGUCGUCGCUCGCGCACGAGCUGCUGCCCCUUGGCAUCCGCGUGAAUGGGAUCGCGCCCGGACUAUUCAUCACAGAGAUGUCGGCGCCUGGAAGUGCGGACGCCAUCGGCCAGUCGCGGCUGCCGCCCGACUACGUUGCAAGUUUCGAGGUGCCCGUGUCGCGCCCCGUUGACCCUGGCACCCAGCGAGCGGGAACGAACAAGGAUAUGGGCGCGCUGGUCUUGUUCUUGGUCGCGAACUGGUUUGUCGAUGGAGAGACCGUCCUCAUCGAUGGAGGGACCCUGUUGAAGCAUCCAUCGUCUUACUGAGUUUGAGGCACCCGCACGUUCAGCCACUGCGGCUGAAGCUACCGAAGAAACAAACCAUCCUCUGUAUUAUAUGCCUUUGUACCAAUGCAUAGUUUCAGGCUC